UUAUUAUUAUUAUUAUUAUUAUUAUCGAUUAUUGAUCGUUAAAACUCAUUGAAUCUGUUUGCAAUAUAUAAUAAAUGAGAAUCGUACUGUUGUUAUGACACCAGGUCGUUUGUUAUUUGAUUGUCAUUGAAAGAAACUUGAGAACUGGAAACAACAAAUAGAACAAAAUUAUCAAUAUUGAUAAUUGGUUCAAUAAUUAAAGUAUCGUUGAAUUAUUUAUGCUGUAGCCAUGAUAAUCCAUUGGCUACGUGGUGAUAAACUCAUGGUUUCCGAAAGUAACCGAUCAUUUAUUCUAUUGUCUUUGUUAUUGUUAAUAAUUACACCCAGAUUCGGACAAUCAACAUUAAGCCGAUCUGAUCGUCGCCCCUCAAAAACACAUCAGCCCAUUGAACCAAAUCCACCAGUACUGGAGACUGUACAGGAACGAUCAUUGGUCGUUUCGAAUGUCAAACCAAAAGAUAUUAUACGCGAACAUCAAUCCUAUAGUCUUAAUGGACGACAAACAAAAAAUUUCAACGGAACCGUUCUGGCCUACGUGACGCCUUGGAAUUCACAUGGUUACGAUAUUGCUAAAUUGUUUGCGCAAAAAUUCACUCAUAUUUCACCCGUAUGGCUUCAAGCCCGAUUGAAUAAAGAGGAAAAUGAUAUUAUUGUCGAAGGAAAACAUGAUAUUGAUUAUGGAUGGAUGCAAGAAUUACGCACUGAAAACGAUCGAAUCAAAAUUGUACCACGUGUUCUUUUUGAACGGAUGACCCAUUCACAGUAUUUACAAUUGAUCACCGAUUCUUCAUUAGCACGACAAAUUGGUCGACAUUUAGCAGAUCUUGCACGAAAAUAUGAAUUCGAUGGUUAUGUGAUAGAGAUAUGGCGGGCAUAUGCCGGUCAACAUCGAUUAGAUCUUGCACGAAUGUUUGAAUGGAUUACUGACGCGCUGUCGCUAUCAAAUCUUGAGCUUCAUAUUGCCGUCCCACCUCCCAUUUAUUAUGGCGAUUCUCUUAGCACAUUCCAAAAAGAUGACAUUGAACGUCUAGCACCAUAUAUUCAGGGAUUUUCCGUUAUGACAUAUGAUUAUUCUGAUCCAUCAAGACCGGGUCCUAAUAGUCCACUGAAUUGGAUACAAAAAUGUAUUCGACUUUUAGCACCAAAAGAUACAAGUCCAGUACUAAAAAAAAUUCUAAUCGGAUUAAAUUUCUAUGGUAAUGAUUAUUCAAUCACUGGUGGAGGACCAAUUCUUGGCACACGAUACAUAGAAAUUUUGAACAAACACCGACCAAAAAUUCUCUGGGAUGAAUCAUCAGCUGAACAUUAUUUUGAAUACAAAGAAUCUUCUGGUCGUAAUCGUGUAUUUUAUCCGACUUUAUAUUCCAUACGAAAACGUAUCGAAUUGGCAAUAAAAAUGGGCACCGGAUUAUCCAUAUGGGAACUCGGUCAAGGAUUAGAUUAUUUCUAUGAUAUUCUAUGAAUCUUGUUGUAUGCACAUUGAAAAUAGUAACAUAAAAAUUCAUCAAAAUAAAAAAUGAAAUGAAAAAUA